GUCCCCGCCGGAGGCCAUGCUGCCCCGAGGGCGCCCCCGGGCUCUGGGGGCCGCCGCGCUGUUGCUGCUGUUGGCGGUCGGAUUCUUCCUGUUCGGCGGGGACCUGGAAUACGGGCGGCUCCGCGGGGCUGCUUCACUCGACGGAGAGCUGACGAGGGACCACAAUCGCUCGGCCUGCCUCCCGCUGCGGUCGCUGCUGCCGAAGUGCGAGCUUUUGCAUGUGGCCAUCGUGUGUGCAGGCUAUAACUCCAGCCGAGAUGUCGUCACCUUGGUGAAGUCCAUGCUCUUCUACAGGAAAAAUCCUCUGCACCUCCACUUGGUGACUGAUGAAGUGGCCAGAAACAUCCUGGAGACUCUUUUCCACACGUGGAUGGUGCCUGCCGUUCGGGUCAGCUUCUACAACACCAGCAAGUUCCAGUCCCAGGUCUCAUGGAUCCCCAACACGCACUACUCUGGCCUCUAUGGGCUCCUGAAGCUAGUGCUGCCUGAUGCCCUGCCCCCUGACCUGGCCCGUGUCAUUGUCCUUGACACGGAUGUGACCUUCGCCUCUGACAUCGCGGAACUCUGGGCAUUCUUUGCUCACUUUUCUGACAAGCAGAUGAUUGGUCUUGUGGAGAACCAGAGCAACUGGUACCUGGGCAACCUCUGGAAGAAUCACAGGCCCUGGCCUGCCUUGGGCAGAGGAUUUAACACAGGCGUCAUCCUGCUGUGGCUGGACCGGCUUCGGCAGGCUGGGUGGGAGCAGAUGUGGAAGGUGACAGCUCGGCGGCUGCUCCUCACCCUGUCCUCCACCUCUCUGGCCGACCAGGACAUCUUCAACGCCGUAAUCAAGGAGCACCCAGGGCUGGUCCUGCUCCUGCCCUGUCUCUGGAACGUGCAGCUGUCGGACCACACACUGGCGGAGCGCUGCUACUCUGAGGCAUCAGACCUCAAGGUGAGUGGGCCAGGGGGCUGGGGGGAGAUGAGGGACUCCUGCUCCCUGCCCCCACCCCACCGACACCCUCCCCGGGCCCAGGUGAUCCACUGGAACUCGCCAAAGAAGCUGCGGGUGAAGAACAAGGACGUGGAAUUCUUCCGCAACCUCCACCUGACCUUCCUGGAGUAUGACGGGAACCUGCUGCGCAGAGAACUCUUCGGGUGCCCCAGCCAACCCCCACCUCAGGCCGAGCAGGUGAGACAGAGCCCCCUUCCCUGGUCUUGGGAAGGCCCUGCCCUUCUCUCCUCUGGCAGGCCCCAGCUCGGCUCCUCCUCCCUCGCCCCCCAGCGGCAGCGGGCCUUGGCCCACCUGGACGAAGAAGAUGCCUGCUUUGAGUUCCAGCAGCAGCGGCUCACUGUGCACCGCGUGCACCUCACCUUCCUGCCCCUCGACCUGUUGCCGUCCGAGCUCCAUGAUGUCACCCUGGUAGCACAGCUCUCCGUGGACCGGCUGCAGAUGCUGGAAGCCCUGUGCAGCCACUGGCCAGGCCCCAUGAGCCUGGCCUUGUACCUGACAGACGCAGAGGCCCAGCAGUUCCUGCGUUUUGUGGAGGCCUCGAAGGUGCUCUCUGCUCGGAGCAACGUGGCCUACCAUGUGGUGUACCGUGAGGGUCCCCUCUACCCUGUCAACCAUCUUCGCAAUGUGGCCUUGGCCCAGGCCCGGACGUCCCAUGUCUUCCUCAGUGACAUUGACUUCCUGCCUGCCUACUCCCUCUACAACUACCUCAGGGCCUCCAUCGAGCAGUUGGAUCUAAGCAGCCAGCGGAAGACGGCUCUAGUUGUGCCAGCAUUCGAGAGUCUGCACUACCGCCUCAGCUUCCCCACUUCUAAGGCUGAACUGCUGGCCUUGCUGGAUGCCGGCUCUCUGCACACCUUCAGGUACGACGUGUGGCCCCAGGGUCACACGCCCACAGACUAUGCCCGCUGGCGGGAGGCUCAGGCCCCAUACCAAGUGCAGUGGGCAGCUGACUACGAGCCGUAUGUGGUGGUGCCACGCGAAUGUCCCCGCUAUGACUCUCGCUUUGUGGGCUUUGGCUGGAACAAGGUGGCCCACAUUGUGGAGCUGGACGCACAGGAAUAUGAGUUCCUGGUGCUGCCCGAGGCCUUCACCAUUCACAUGCCCCACGCGCCAAGCCUGGACAUCUCCCGCUUCCGCUCCAGCCCCGCCUAUCGUGACUGCCUGCAUGCCCUCAAGGAUGAGUUCCACCAGGACUUGUCCCGCCACUAUGGGGCUGCUGCCCUCAAAUACCUCACUGCCCUGCAGCGGUCCCGAAGCUCCACAUGA